AUGAAAUUCGGAAAACGGCUUCGUGAUGAGAUGUGUCCCGAGUGGAGACUCUCGUACAUGGAUUACAAGUUGUUAAAGAAGCUGAUUAAACGAAUACAAAACAAGUUGGAAGAACGAUAUCAUAUUGAUAUGCAAAUGAUUUUAAACGAGGUGCCUCCGAGUGAGAUUGGUGUUCCGAGCGAUUAUUUGGAUAAACCACUCAUUUCGUUUUCGGAUGAAAUGGUGUAUGCAGUUACUGGUCUUGGAGAAGAGAAGGAUGAACGGAAUUUUAUAAAUUAUUUAGAGGAAUAUAAUUUGGAAGGAAUGUAUUUGAAAAUUGUUCCGAAGGAAACAUGCCAAUUUUUUAAUAGAUUAGAAAAGGAAUUGGACAAAGUGAAUAAGUUUUAUAUCCAAACAGAGCGUAAAUUUUGUGUUAGACAUGCAGAGUUGUUGAUGCAGUUGAGCGUCGGUUUGACUGAGACUCUCUCAAAGAACGACAAGCAAAAAGUCAGAAGCGCAUUUCAAGAGCACUACAGAGCCCUUUUGUUGUUGAUGAAUUUCCGUACUUUAAACUUUCAAGGUUUUUCGAAUAUCUUGAAAAAGCUGGAUAAAUAUACCAAGAGCAAAACCAAAAGCAAGCUGAUGAAACGAGUGAGAGAUUCAUAUUUUACUUCAUCCAAAGUAUUGGAUUACAUGAUGUCGCAAAUUGAGUACAAAUGCUCAGUUUACAUGUUCAAAGGCGACAGAAAAAAAGCCAAAGAUUUUCUUAGACUUCCACAAACUGUGGAAAAACAAACAUCUCCGUUCAGGUCUGGUAUCUCAGUAGGAAUUGGAAUAGUGUUGUCUGUGGCGUUCGUUUUAACAUAUGUAUUUCUUUACCCAAGAGAUGACCCUCCGUCUUUUUCAGAUGCGACCAUGUAUGUGUAUCGAUUGACUUUGGUGCCGAUUAUAUUGGCAGUUUUGGUUGGUGUGAAUCUUCAAAUUUGGAAAAAUGCAAGAAUUAAUUAUGUAUUUAUCUUUAGAUUUGACCCAAGAGAUCACUUAUCAGUGUCUCAAUAUAUCGAGAUGACCAUGAGCCUGUACAACAUUACAAUGGGAAGCUUAAUUAUUUACAUGUACUCUAUUAUUACGAAUACGUUUUAUGAGUAUGCCUAUCUUCAUCCAAUAUUUCUAUUUACCUUCAUUUUUAUCUACAUGUGUUUCCCAUACAAAUGGUUUUAUGGUCACAGCAGAUUAUGGCUCUUUAGAAUUAUUCUGAGAUUAUUAAUGGCUCCAUUCAGAAAAGUAGAAUUCGCAGACUUUUGGUUUGCUGAUCAAUUGACUUCUCUUUCUGAUUUUCUCUUCGAAAUUCAAUUCGUGUAUUGUGUUUAUCCAUCUCUGUGGGUUGACAAAAUUGAUUCUUUCUGCUCAGACUCCAGAUCAUUGGGUAUUCCAGUUCUUAACAUUUUACCCAACUAUAUUCGUUUAAUGCAGUGUUUAAGGCGUUACAGAGACAGCAAAAAGCCCCAUCCUCACAUUACCAAUGCGUUCAAAUAUCUGUCAAGUAUUAUUGCGACUCUUAUUGCGUUUUUGGAUAAGAAUAUUGUAGCUCCUACUCUACCUGGAAGUAGUUGGAAUUAUAUGAGAACUACUUGGGUUGUUGUCAACAUCAUCAGCUCCACCUAUAAGCUGUUAUGGGAUGUUGUGAUGGAUUGGUCUUUAAUGCAAUUUAAUAAGGAUGCUGAGCACAAAUUAUUGAGAAAAGAACUGUUCUUCCAUCCAUACUUUUACUAUUUCUCAAUAGUGACAAACAUUUUAGCAAGAUUCUUUUGGAUUGUCGUUUUACUGUUGAAACAGUUCUACAGCAAAUAUUUAACGGAUCAGUGGAUUGGUUUUUGUUUUGGUUUGGUCGAGAUUUUGAGAAGAUUUCAAUGGAAUUGUAUUCGAUUGGAAAACGAGCACUUGAACAACGUUGGAGAAUUUCGUGCAACAAAUGAAAUUCCUCUGCCAUUUGAAAUUACCAGAAUGAUCAACGCUAAAGAGAAGGAAAUUACCAACGUCGACAAAUUCUUACAUUACAUUUUCUUCUUUUGCAGUCCAAAACCUGAUGAUGAGAAUGACAACAAUCACAGAAGAAUUAGUCUUAAUCCAAAGAAUUUCCUUAAACAUAGCAUCUCUCAUGUGUCGUCACUACUCGGACAUGGAUUUGAUUCCACUCAUCAUGUGAAACCACGAAAAGUGGUUCAACAAGAACACGAAUAUGAACUGAACAUGCAUCGUGAUUCUUUAGGCUCUUUGAGAAAUACGAAUGGAAUUGAAACAUCUACUGUGUCCAAUGGGGUAAGCAACAAGGACGUUGUCAUUGACAUCAAGGAUGACGAAGAUGCAUAUGACGAAGAUAAAGACAGCGAUCAAGAAGAGGAACAACAAAAAGUUGAACUCACAAAACCUGCAAGCCAAUCCAAUGAUGGACUGUUUGUAAACACUUCAAAUUUGAAUGCAAGAAAACAAUCAUUGUCGUCCAUCAAGGUAGACACGAGCAGUUCAAGCAUGCAGAAAAUGACACGCACCAUACCACCCGCAGUUGAGAUGAGUCCAUCCAUGAAGUCCAAUAGUGCUUCCAAAUCGAAAAAGACAAUUGUUGUGGUUGAAGAUGAUGAAAUUCCAGAGACGCCUCACCUAACGACAAGGUUUGGAGAUAUCUUUACUGCUGGAGAACCUGAAUCUCAGCAACUGGACAAUGAAAAGUCAAAAAAUUCAGGAGAUCAGGAGAAGAAAUAG